AUGUUGUCUAUUGUCGUUAUCACUUAUAUUUUAUUAAUUCAACAGCCUUAUCAGACUUAUCAAUUGGAAACCAUUGAAGCAGCAUUAGCUAGUACUGUUGAAUUAUCGUGUUCAGUCGGUCAAAAUAUCGAACCGACAAGUCCUGCAAAGAUCAUCUGGAUUCGUGAUGAUCGAGCAGAUAUUGUCAGCCUUGACUCCGUCAUCACAGUACGAGAUCGUCGAUUAAGUAUUCUUACAAUGACUAGUAUUGAUCGUGAAGAACGUAUUUUACGCAUAACUAAUGUUGAAGAACAAGACCAUGGUUUAUAUCGAUGUAUACGUGGUGAUAUUACAUUAAAUGAAAUUCUUCUUGAUGUACUUAUACCACCCAGAAUUACUUCACAUGCACCGGAAGAUAUGCGUAUGAUAGUUCGUGAAGGAAAAGAUGCUCGAUUCUCUUGUACAGCAACCGGACGGCCAACACCCACUAUUGUUUGGCAAGUCAAUGGACUAUCUAGGCCAACAUUAGUUACAACAAUUGCUGGUACUAAUGAAAGUGUGCUUAUCUUACGCAAUGUUUCACGAUUUGAUUCAGGUCGAGUUGAUUGUUCAGCAACAAAUACAUUAAGUACUGUUAAUCGACAAUUUCUUCUUGAUGUUAAAUAUAGGCCAACAGUUACAGUUCCAUUUCAUUGGUCUUAUUUUCGUGUGAAUGAUUCACCAACAAUUACAUGUCUUGCUUGUUCAUCACCUCCACCAACAACAUUCGAUUUUUUUCGUCCUAAACAUGCAAAUCCAAUAACAAAGGGUAUUAAAGAUAAAUUUGAUGAAGUUCUUAAUCAAACAUGUCGACAAUUAACAAUAACUUUACAUUUAAGUGAUACAUCAUUAUUUGGAGCAUAUGUAUGUCGUGCAAAGAAUAUUGCCGGAAUUUCACAUGCAGAAUUUAUUAUUAAAGAAUUAAUUCAAUCAACUAAACAUAUGAAAUCUAUAUCAGAAGAACAUGCUUUAACACCGACAUCGAUACUUAUUACAACUUCAUCAUCUACAGUAACAAAAAAUGAUGAACCAUCUGAACGUCAUAUUGAAUAUUCAUAUAAAUCAAAUACAGUUGCAACGGGAAUAAUAGCUGAAAAAAAUCAAGCAUUUCAAUUGUCAACAUCGCUUUUAUUAUUAAUAGUUCUUUUGUUCGUUGCUAGUCGAUGUUGA